AUGAACUCAGUUAUCGUCCAGCCCCCGCAAGAUGUUGCGGUGGAACAAAUGAAUGGCCAAAUACGUCUCUCUUGGAAAAGCUCAACUGUAAAAGAGUACCGCAUUCGACUUUUUGCCGGUUCAUUAACGGACCAUAUUCUCACUGUGUCCGGAAGCGAAACAGAUUAUUUCCUAUCACUGAAUCCGUGCAUUGCAUAUGUGAUUGAGCUAUGUGCGGUGGAUGAUCAAGAUCGACUCAGUAUUCCCGUUUUCAAAACAGUUGUACCCAAAGCAAAUGCACCUCCACCACCAGAGAAUCUACAAGUGGUUGAUGACUUGUUCAUCCAUGCACACAUUGUCACAUGGGAUUAUCCGACAGAUUUUGAACCGAAUUGUGAACUGGUAUUCCAUUUCAAAUACACUUAUGAUACAGUGGAGCAAGUGAUAUCAUCUUUCGUUGGCAAUUCCAUUGAUGUCAGUGGGUUGCCGAUAAAUACUUUGGUCACAUAUCACGUACGUGCUUAUUAUCGUCAGUAUGGUUCCGAGAAAAGUGCACCGGUAACUGUCAGUCGACUCACGCGAAGCAGAGCAGAUCUUGUCCCUAGUAAACCGGAUGACGUGCAGGUUGAAGCUAGCUGUGGCUCGUUGAAAAUUCGCUGGACAUCGAACAACGCUGACAAGUACGUCCUAUAUCACUUGGUUAGGACGGUGGAAUUGGGAACCGGAGCAACUAUUACGACUAAAGCUACAGGAACAACAACGGAGGUCCGGGGUCUGAAAUGUGACCACGGUUAUGUGGUUACAAUUAGUUCUGUGAAUGAUUGUGGAUCGUCAGACGAGUCCGAACCUAUUUACGUAGUGGCGGCUGAUCAAGUUAAUUUGAAAGAGAUAUCUCAUUCCGUGUUGCAUGGUGGUGAUCCAGACAUCGCCGGGAGGCUUAUCAGCACCGGUGAUGUCAACGUGACAGCUUGA